AUGUCGGAGAUAGUAGGUGGCUCAAGUGCGGGGAAAACUCAGCUAUGCUACGCCAUUGUUGCGAACACCCUCCUUCACACUAAAUACAAUGUAGCUUGGUUAGAUUCCAAUGGUUCCUUCCGUUCACAUCGAUUGGUCGAGUUCAUAAAUGGGAGGGGAAUUGAUGAUACUGAUGUUGUUAAUUCGCUACUGGAUCGCAUAUGCGUCGCCCGAGUGUCUGAUCAGACGCAACUGCUCGACGCCCUUGAAUUUAUCGAUGAAAAAAUGGAAACCAAUAAUUUCCGGCUUAUCGUGAUCGAUAGCAUAUUUGAAAUGUUCGAUGAUCGCCAACUGGUUGAAAAUAUGACGCGUUCUGCUGUUUUCAACAGCAUUCUUUGCAGAAUCGGUAUUUUGACCGAUAUUGGCUGUACUGUUCUGGUGACUACUUCUGCUAAGAACGAAAAAAAUGAUCUCAACAAAGCAUGGACGCGACAAAUGAAGUCCCGGAUUCUCGUCAAAGAAAGUGAUGGAUUGAGAACACUGCAUAAUCUCAAUGCUGGCGCUGGAGCUCCUUCUCGUUACUGCUGUUUUCGAAUUGUUCAUUCCGGACUCAAAAAUACGGAAAGUUCUUGA